AUGCCGUUGGAUGUGGAAACCCGCAAGCUUAUCGAGCGAAGGAUUCAAAGAGCCGAAGAAGGAUACUUAGUGUUCGAGACUGCGGCUUUGCUGAGAGAUCUAGAGGAGAAGAAUUUGGUGUAUAGAUCACAGAUCCAACCUCGCUUUGUUCACAUCCAUCCCCUCAACAGGGAUGGUAUGGGGUGCGGUGGCACGGAUGUGCGUGCUCUUCUUUCUGACAUAGUCAGUGUAGGCUUCGAUUGGUCCCAACCACAACCUGUGGCAGUGGAGCUGCAGGAUCCCACUGAGAUUGCGGAAGUGACAGCUUUCAACGAAAAGCUGGUCAUGUUGAGUGGCACGGACAAGCACACCAGCUUGGCACCAGUGGAACCAGCAUCAGUGAAGUUUGCAAGCUUGAGCAGCAGCCAUACGAAUAUGGCUUUGAGGCUCUUCGCAGCCUCCAUGCCACAUGUUGGGGACGAAGUGUUGCUUGUGGACGGCAAGCUGUCGCUGCACCAGCUGCGCUCACAUGAUGCAAACUUCGCUGAAGCGGUUGAAAGAGGCCUGAUGUGGACAAUUGUGAGCAACACCGUAAUGGACCCGGUGGGACCACGUGGAGAACACCAAGGCCGAGAGCGUCACAAUGAGGUUGAGGAGAAGAAGGGCGAAGGGCUUCGAGUGGCAGCCAUCCAGAGCCAGACGGCGGAGCUGGCGAACCUGGUACGGCAUCAAGCAGAAGGUGCAGGAGCCCAACCAGCGGGGACCCUACGAGGGCUUGGCAGACAGUCGGAGGAGAUGGUCUUCCUGAUGAGGGCAUGUGGACAGUACACCGUGAAGGUGGGUGAAGGAGAACAUGGACAAGGUCUAGCAAACUCCUUGAUGGCGGCCCAGGUGGGGGCCUCAACAAAGUUGAGAACAGCAGGGUUCCGCCAAAAAAUGACCAGCAGACUCGCUGUAGGGCUAGCUGGCCCGUACUGGGGGGUUCAAGAACGGUACAGCCUCUCGGCGGCGGAUUUCCUGGCCUACACGGACGCGGAGUUGGACCAGUUCGCUUCGGAAGCCCGACACCCCAAAGGAGCUGCAGAUCAACGACCUCAACAACCCAACCGGUUCGAUGAGUGGACAGCCAGGGCCCGAAGGCAAACGGACGUAUGGUGCCUUGUCUACGGCGAGGAAUGGAGGGGGGUGAGGGCCAACGCAUUGGAGUUGCUGUCAGAAUGGCAUUUGGCUCAUCCUCACCGUUGGCCACUGACCAUCGUCAUGGACAUUUGGGAGGAGCUCCAUUGGAGGUUCCUGGAGGAGAUGAAGGAAGUCCUGCGGGCCCUCAAGAAGGAGAUCGGGAGAGAGACGAUCACCCUGAACGAGCUCAAGUUCCAUGCCCUACUUCCUGGACCAGAUGGACAAGCAUGGUUGGUUAUGCCCUCGACUUUUGACAUUGAGAAGCCGGACUCCUGGUUCCAGACGGAGGUACUACCCCGUAUUGAUCGCAAACAAGACCGGCUGUUGUGGAACAUGACGUGGCAGGGUGGCCAACGCAGAGACCGACCACCAAGCGCACCAGUGGGGGGAGCUGCGGAGGAAGGAGCCGGGGGUGGCGACAAGCCCACGCUCAAGAGUUUGUGGGGACCCAAGUUGUCCCCGGAGGAGGUCAAUACCGCCAAGGACCGGGCUCCGCAGGACCGCCACGGCAAGAUGAAGAUGGAGAACCCGGCGAGCGUCACGACCAAGAUCAAGGAGCUUCGCGUGCAGAUUCAGAAGGACAAGUCGGAGAAGGUCCAGGACGGCAAGAAGAAGGGGAAAGCGGGUGCGAAAUCGCCGGAAGGAGAGCCAGCUGGAGGAGCACCCACUAGCCCGGAAGAACAAAGGGGGCGAGCCGGGGGCGAAGGGCGAACUGUCAGGUUCUGGGAGGUCCCGGAAGAGUUCCAAGUGGACUAUACCAAGGACGAGGACUUCAAGGAGGUGAUGCAGGGCCCGGACAAGGGCUGGCAUGCAGAUGUCAACCGCCAAGCUCAACCCCAUGAUGGACGAGGUGGAGAAAGUGCGCCCAGUCGAGCUAAAGAACUAGUUCAGAAGGCACAGGAGUUGGGGACAUCCCCUGCCUUACGGGCCCUGGAGGAGGUGUCGGACGACCUGUACGCCUGGGCGGCCGCGCGUGUCGCUCGGGAACCUGAUCUGGAGACCAACACGCUCCUUCAGGAGAUGGCGACGUAUGGACUGGGCGAGAUGGCAAAGGAGGCGGCGGACUUGCUGGAGGCACAAGGAGACCAGAAAGCAAGUUCAGCCCGGCUCGUUGUUAGAGACACCCUGUGGGCGCAAGGCCAACCAGGGCAGGGCAGUGUGGAGCUGGACGGACAAGUGUGGAGGGCAUGGGACUACCAGGAGGACAUCAUGAUGACAGAGGAACUGGCCUGCCUGCUCAACAGAGCUGAACCAGAGAUGGAGCGCAGGCAGUGUGUCACCAUUACCCUGGCCGCCAUUGCGGAGAGGCAUGAACGCGGCAGACGUCCUACAACGGAGGAAGUUCAUGCCCGCGCUCAACAGCUUCGUCAGGAACAAGCACGCCUUGCAUUGGACGCCGCUUCACUGAUGGGAGAGCCGGAGGAGUUAGUGGCGGCGGUCGAGCAUGAGAUCCGGGUGUAUGUGCACGACUUGACGGUCGCCCACCAUGAGAAGGACUUCCGCGCCUUGGCCGUGUUCCCUGUGGAAGCCUUGGCAACAUGUCGCUUGGUGGCGCUGCGGGCGGACUACCGGGGAGGUUUGGUGGUGGGAAGCAUUAGUGGGCCCAACUGGGAGCCCGGGGGAUGGACGGCGUUUGCCUUGAUUUGGAAAGGGCACAUGACGAUGCUGGAGGAGCCUGAAGGGUUCGAGGUGUUGGAGGGCGUGGAGAAUGUGAAUGACCUGACGGUGAUCUACCUCGUCUCCAGCUUCGGCUUCAGCGGGUCCCCGGGAGAGCGGGUCGUGUGGGGAAGGGCCACGGAGGAGUUCCAUCGAGCGCAUCGACCAGCACACCCUAGAAGAGAUAUGGCCGGGUGCUUCGACGCGAAGGUUCUGGUCGACGACGGGGUUCUGGUGGAACCUUGGGUGGGCUUGAGACCUUGGGUGAGCGCGGAGGUCUUCGAGAAGGGCAUCCGGAUGCUGUUGGGAGACAAGGCCGUGAACGAGGAGAAGGACCGCAUCGAGGGCGCCUUCAAGACCACCCAAACCAUUUGGGGGGUCAUCAUGGACACGGAGUCUGAGACGGCUGCCCUCCCGGAACGUCGCAUUCAGAAGGGAGCGCUGCUUCUGGCAGAGCCAGGCUUCGACUUCGGGGACCAGACCGCCACGCUGAAGCAGUUGCAACAGUACCGGGGCAUUGUCACCGGCUGGGCAUCCGUAGUCCACGGAUUGGAGAACGAGCUCAAGGCCGCCGACAAAUUCCUGGCGGGGACUGAUGGCCACAAGCCGAUCCAACCCAAGCUGCGAGGGGAAGGGAGCCCACAGUGGGAGACGCAGGUCGCGUGGACCGAUUUGUGGGAACUAUUUGAGACGUGUCGAUGGUUGAGUGCCCGUACGGACCGGUGGGAAAGCUUCACCACUGGCCUGAAGACGAUGCUCCCGGUGAUGGAGCGUUUGAGCCUGCCCGGCGAGUGGGAGAAGGUCAUAUGGGUGUCCUCAGACGCCACGCCCACCAUGGUCGGAGCCAUUGACUGGACCAACAGGAAGGUGAUGAGGGCACCUACGGGACUACUGCGACAUUGGGCAAAGAAGGCAAUGUCCGACUUGGAGAUCACCGAGCAGGACCCCGAGAUGGUUAUCCACAUGGGCGAGAUGCUGUCCUUUGUGACGUUCGCUUGCAAGCUGGGGGAGGACUGGAAGCAAGCCGUGGUGCUCUACGCGGGGGACAACACGGUCGUCCGAAGUUGGUUGCAAACCAGGAGGACCCGCACAAGGGGAGGGCGCAUUUUGAUUCGAGUCCUCAACAUGGCGGAGAUGAAGUAUGGCUUCGUGGUGGUGGCCGGCUGGUGGCGCACGUACCAUAACGUCGAUGCGGACUACAUCACCAGGUGCAGCGAGGAAGAGUACAAGGAGUACAUCCAGACCAAGAACCUGGGGGAGGUUGACAUUUUGGAGGGCAUCCAGCAGGCACUGGAGGACAGCGAACGGUACGGGCCGUGUUUCUUGUGGGGCAAGGAGGACGGGGACGACAGGGCGCUGCAGAUCCAGCUCAGAGAAAGGAGGGUGUCCAGACAGGUGCAAAGGUCUGUGAAGGUGCCCUGGGCGAGCUUCGCGGUGGCAGAGUGGAGUGCUCAAGGACGCAAAGUCAGAGACUUUGAAGCUCUGGGUGGAGCCCUUGGAGCAGCGCUGGAGGAACCAGGGGGUCGGCCUACGAUCUCAUGCGCCACCAUCAGAGUCGAUCGAGGAGGGCAUCAUCUACGACGGGCCUUGGAGGACGCGGAGAAGAAGGAGGCAUGGGUCGGUCUAGUGGAAGGACCGAGACAGGUGCCCUGGGAAUUUGGUGAGCGGUGGUGCGAGCGCAAGGGCUGGGACUAUGGCCUCAUCGAGUACGUGACCACGGAGCAUGGGGAAGCUAUGGCGAGGAGGCGAAGAGGCUUGGUGUGGAGCGCAAAAGGUGAGUUGCCAGAGUUCUGGGAAGGCCUUUUGGUCCGCAGCAUGGGAGCCUCACCAAUGGGCACUGUUCUUCAGGCCAAAGACCACGACGACCCGUGCUGGGUGAAACCCUACAAGUUGGAGCUCGAGAGAGCCCGGGAGGAGUGUCCAGAAGAGGACCGGGGGGGCACGUACGCCAACUUGAACCAGAAGAGCUAUGGCGUCUGCAAGGGCGAGGAAGCGGUCAUCGAGGGCACGAAAGGCACAGGAGGGCAAACGGCCGCUAACUUGCUCGUCUUCCUGAGGGCAAUCCUCCAAGAGGUCGUGGCUGGUCGGGCGCUGGACAUCCCGCCCACCAGCAGAGCAGGGAUGGCACCCGAUCCGGUGGGAGCGGAAGCUCUGGCCCAGCUGCUGGUGUGGCUCCGUAGGUGGAAGAAGGGAGAGUUGGGCAGGAAUCCAGCGACCUACGUCCGGGAGUCCGUGAAGGCAGGAGGCUAUGAAGGACCUGGUCAUGUGGCGCGGCGCUGGGCAGAAGCUUGGUGGUGGUGCCAAUGUUGGCCGGGCUUCGAUGAGAACGAGGAUGAACAGACCUACGUCCCUGAAGAGACCUACGCUGGUGGUCGGCGCAAGAAGGAGAAGGACCCUUCAAGGAUCGCGGAGAUUGUGGGCGCCCAGACAGUCAAAGAUCUCAACAAAGCCUUUGCUCCAUUCUGCGGGGAUGUGAGAGAUCGAGUCGAGGAGUGGCUAGAGGAGAACAUCGCCGGGGACAAGAGUCCAGCCACGGAAAGGGCAUAUGCAGGGGCAUGGAGCAAGUGGUGCGCGUGGGCUCGGAGGCAAGGCUGGGCGGACGAGUUCAUCCACAGAGCCGCGGAGGUGAUCGAGAAUGAGAACAAGGUCCUGGCCUACGUAGGGUACCUCGGGUGGCUAGGGGCUUCUCCCAACACCAUCCGCCAGCACUUGUUCGCCAUCAAGAUGGUGCACAAACGAACCGGGAGAGGAGACCCGCUGGAGGGAAUGCAUCGAAUUUGGAUCCUGGUCAAUGCGCUGGACCGGCGGUCAACUACCCGGAAGCCACGGAGGUUGGGAGUUACCCCGGAGAUGUUGGUGUGGUUGGGAAGGACCUUGGUGGACCCCAUCCAGAACGAGCAGCACACCAUUGCCUAUGCGGAGGCGGUCAUGGUCACGGGUGCGCUACAGUUGGCUUGGUUCUUCAUGCUGAGGGCCAAGGAGUUUGGAGAGUCCAACGGGGUGGACGACGAGAUGAUCACCAGAGGCUGCGACGUCCGACUGUCGAAGCAAGGAGUGGCCGCAGCAGUCGGGGAAGCCACCGAGGUGUCGCUCUUCUUCCGCAAGACCAAGAACGACCAGCUGGCUUUCGGCGACACCAAGACGCUACAAGCCACGGGUCAAGAGCACCUUUGCCCAGUACAAGCCAUGGACCGGAUGAGGAAGAUCUGGGGCAACCGCUUUCAGGAGGGCCACGCGGAGAACGUGAAGCCGCUGUUUCGUUGGAGCUCGGGUCGAGUCCUACGGAGAGUUGAGAUUCAGCAUCUACUACAACAAGCAGCAACGGGAGUUGGGUUGCCACCAGAUCGGUUCAUGAGCCACUCACUGCGGAUCGGAGGAGCGUCCGCUUUGUUCCAGGCCACGGCCGACAUCGAGCUCGUCAAGAGAGCAGGAAGGUGGUCCUCGUCGGCAGUUCAGAGGUACCUGUUCGAUGGUGGCUCUGUGAGCGGCCUGUCGAAGAGGAUGGUCAGCCCGGGGGUAGACCAAGGAGGAGGAAAGGGGCCGGGCAAGGGCCAGCGAGGCCACAGAGACUCCAAAAGGGAGUGA